AUGGGUAAACCAUCCAAUGUCCCCCCUCCAUACACGGACGGCAACAACCAGGCCACAACGCCGCUCGUCGAAGGCGCCAGCUCCAUCUCGAUGCAUCACACCAACCAAGCCUCGCCACAGCGUCCACAGUACUCCGACAACGACUUCGACGACGGACCUCUCCACGCCGAUGAUGAUUUACCGCCUUUGUAUAGCGAUCACGACAUCGAUAGCGUCGCCCCCGCCGGUACUCUCAUCCCUCCCGGUGUACCCAGCCUAAUCGUGGCCCCGUUCCGCGCCUCGGACAAGAGCGGCAAGACAUAUUUUCUCGACAGACGGCUCGAUACAGACCCAGUGUUCUUACAGCAGCAACUCGAAAUCCUCGCCGAGAACCCGCCGCGACCGCUGUGCAAUGUCCGGGGCACGCACACGGCAACUCGUCGCCGCGACGACAAGGAGGAGCAGCACACCGUGGUCGACUUUGACGUCGAGAUAGAGCUUACUGGGCUGCUCUAUACGGAUGCACGUACUGGGUCUUCAUGGAGGCAGCUGACAACGGUCGGCAACUUUGAAAAGGUGCGCCGCGGGACCAUCUUGGCGAAACGCGCGCCAGGGUUCGGCGGCAGUGGCGGCCAGACCGCCGAAAGCGGCACGCCGACAGUCGAAGAAUGGUGUCACCGCUACUGUGCCAGCUCAGCUGGGCUCAAGAGCUUCUCCCUCGAGCGCCGUGUCACGGGCUGGGACUUUGAGCGUCUCGAGCAGCAACUGCACAGGCUGGUUCGCGAAACCAACUACCAAGGCCACAUGCAAGUGACUUUCCCUGUGCACAACAACCGAGUCGAAAUCUACAAUGAGUGCCGGACGAGUCGAUGGCGUCUGACGAAAUGGAUCGAAAUUCUCUGCUACGUGACGCUCACCUUUUUAUUUUUGUGGCCGUGGCUCUUUUUCCGCACAAAGCGCUGGGAGACGGUGUACGUGGCGUGGCCGUUGCGCGACCCGCAGACCGGGCGGUACGCAAGCCUCAGCGAGGACGAGUGGUUCAACAUGUGGGCGCGCACGAUCCAGACGGCGUGCCUGGCACGGCGACAAGGCAUCCUCGAUCAGGGCGACCUCCAGAGGCAGGACUAUCUCGGUGACAGGGCAAGCGGGGGAUUUGCCGGUGCCGUGCAGGCGGGCGUGGAUGCCAUGGGUGUGGUGAAUCGUAGCUUCGGCUGGGGCGGCGAUGACGACCGGCGUGGAAGCUCUAACAGACGCAGCGGCCUCCCAAACCUGGGGAGAAAUCGAUGCUGA